UGUCGGGGGGUACACGGGGACGUAUAGAAGUAUGUAGGGGGAUGCAUACGGGUGUCUGAGGGCUGCAUAGGGGCAUCUAUAGGGGUGCAGAGAGGCACCUAUAGGGGUGCAGAGAAGCACAUAUGCACAGGUGCCUAUAUCUGGGCACACCCAUGGGCACUGCGCAUCUAUAGGUGCCUGCCCUGUUUAUAGUUGUGGCACCUAUAGGUGCCCACAGCGGCACCUGCAACGCACAUAUAUACCUAUAUCUAUAGGGGCUGCCCUUAAAGAUGGGGAGGGGCAUAAAGCCCCCCCUUCAUCCCGUUGCUAUAGUGACCAGGGAUGGAGUUGCCACGGCAACCCAUUCCCCAUCGCUCCAGGCUCAGCUUGGGGGGGGGAAGGGGGGGGAGGGGAUCCCCCUGAUUCAUUAACAGCUCUCCCCAUUAAUGACUCCCCCUCGUUAAUCAGCCCCCUCGUUAACACAUUCCCCCAUUAACACCUCUUUUUUCCCCCCCCUCCCCACAGCACUGCUGCCGAGCCCCCGCUGAGACCGUCCCACUCACGGCACUGGUAGGACCCCACCGGGGAGGAAAGCCGGGGGGAGGGGGGGCGUUUCAUUAAUUAAUUAGCGAGGGAGGCUAAUUAGGAGCCCCCCCUCCCCACCUCCCCAAGCCCUACCAUGCGGGUGACGCUGUGCCAGGCCACCUUGGGGGGGGCCAUCGUCCUCAACCUCCUCCUCCUCUUCUGUGUCUGGCGGGGGCCGGGGUGGCGGGGAGCAGGGGGGUCACCCCCUUCUUGCCGCCUUCCCCGGGGGGUCCCCGGCGUCACCGUCCUCCUCCGGGACUUCGAGGACUUUGAGAACGACCUGGUGGGGACGGCGCGCUCCUUCGCCUCUUUGCCCGUCCCGGUGCUGGUGGCGGCCGAAGAGGCCCCGUACCCCCCGGUACCGUUACCGCCGGGGGUCCGGCUGCUGCCCUUACGCCCCGUAGCCCACCGCCCCCCCGUGCACCCCGAGUCCCACCUCCGCACCCUCCACGUGGCUCUGGUCCCCGACGGCACCCGCGCCGUGCCAGGGCUGCUGGAGCGCAUGCGGGACGCCCUGGAGGAGGAAGGAGCCGGCCAUGCCCGCUUGGCCGUGGCACCGGUGGGGACGGGGCUGCCGCCGCGGUGCCUGGAGCUGCGGGUGGAACCCAGGAGCUGGACGGCGCGGUAUGGCCCCCCCGGGGAACCGGGGGCCUGCGGGGCCGUGGAGGGGCCGGCGGUGCUGCUGCUCCGCACCCGCGACCUCUUGGCUCUGCCUUUCCCCUUGGCGCGGCCGGUGCCCGCCGCCAUCUUCAUCCAGGCGGCCUUGAGGGGCUGGGGGUUACGGGUGGUGCCGGCGGCUUUCCCGGCCCCCCACCUGCCCCCCGUCUCCCCCCACGGCCGCUGGAAAGCCGAGAAGCUGGGGGAAAACCGGCGGCGGCAGCUGAUGAGGGAUCUGGGGGUCAAACGGGAGGUGCUGGAGGACGGCGGGGAGCGCUGGUACGGCUGCAGCAAGGAGACGGCGCGGUGUUUCGGCACCGUGCACACCCGGACCCCCCAGUACCUACUGGCGGGGCGCUGGACCCCCCCGUGUUGCCUGCGUGCCCUGCGGGAAACGGCCCGGCACGUGGCCGGGGCGCUGGAAGCCGCCGGGGUACGGUACUGGUUAGAAGGGGGGUCCUUACUGGGAGCCGCCCGCUCGGGGGACAUCAUCCCUUGGGAUUACGACGUGGAUUUGGGGAUUUACCGCGAGGACGUGGGGAAGUGCCGGUGGCUGGCGGCGGCGGCGGCGGGGGAGGCAGUGGAGGACACCGAGGGAUUCCUGUGGGAGAAGGCGACGGAGGGAGACUUUUACCGCGUCCACUACAGCCGGAGCAACCGGCUACACGUGGACCUGUGGCCCUUCUACCCCCGCGGGGGGGUGAUGACCAAGGACACCUGGCUGGGCCACCCCCAGGACGUGGAGUUCCCCGAAAGCUUCCUCCUGCCCCGGGUACCCAUGGCCUUCGCCGGUUUCACCGCCAUGGCCCCCAACAACGCCCGCGCCUUCCUCGAGCUGAAAUUCGGGCCGGGAGCCAUCGAGAACCCCGAAUACCCCAACCCCGACAUCAAGCGCCUGGGGCAGGACUGAGGGGUGACCCCCCCCCCCCUUUCCAGUGACAAUAAACUCUGGUGACACCCA